AUGGUACAGUUUGCAAAGCUGCUUGUAAGUUGCAGUGAGGAGUUCUCAAUCAAUUUGCUCCUUUUCAAAUUGCCAUUUGAUGCCAAAUUUAAUUCGUACAUCCAAUCACUUUAUACACAAACAACUAGAGGCAUACAAUUCAUACAACUCCCAGAUCCCCAGUUGUCCUCACAACCGGAUGACCCUCUUGCCAUACAAUCUGCUUUGAUCGAUAGCAAUAAGCCCCAUGUCAGAGAUUUUGUUGCUCACCUAAAACAUUCUGGAUCUUCCAAACUUGUAGGGCUUGUCGUGGAUUUGAUGUGCACAAGCAUGAUCGAUAUAGCUAAGGAGUUUGAGAUCCAUGCCUAUGUUUUCUACCCUUGUGCAGCUGCAAUUCUUGGCCUCAGUAUCCUUGUCCAGGGUCUCGUGGAUGACAACCAAGAUACAUCCAAGUACAAAGACUCUGACCAUGAGCUAUCAGUAUCAACUUAUAUCAAUCCUGUCCCUGCUAAACUAAUCCCUGAAUCAAUAUUUGACGAGGAAGGCAUAAAUCUGAAAAUUGCCAAAAGAGUGAUUGCAGAGACAAAAGGAAUCAUGGUUAAUACUUUUCUUGAACUAGAGUUGUACGCAAUAAAGGCCCUCACCACCAAUCCAAAAAUACCGCCGAUUUAUCAGGUAGGACCUUUGAUAAAUGAUGCUGGUAUUAGUAGCAACCAAGAAGAGAUUGAACCCAUAAUCAGAUGGCUUGAUGAUCAGCCUACUUCCUCUGUAAUUUUCUUUUGCUUUGGUAGUUUUGGAUCUUUUGACAGUGACCAAGUUAAGGAGAUUGCUUGUGCAAUCGAGCUUAGUGGAUGCCGGUUCUUGUGGUCUUUGCGACGUCCACCACCUAAAGGCCGUCUUGAGUAUCCAAGCGAGUAUGAAAAUCUUAAUGAAGUCCUGCCAGAAGGGUUCUUACAACGAAUAGCAGAUACUGGAAAGGUGAUUGGAUGGGCGCCACAAGCACAAGUUUUAGCCCACGCUGCAGUAGGAGGCUUUGUGACACACUGUGGAUGGAAUUCAGUGUUGGAAAGUGUUUGGUUUGGGGUGCCAAUGGCCGUAUGGCCGAUGUAUGCGGAGCAGCAUAUGAAUGCAUUUUUUGGAGUGAAAGAUUUAGGCAUAGCGGUGGAGAUUAAAAUGGAUUACAUGAAAAAUAGCAGUCAAGUUAUGGUGAAAGCAGCUGAAAUUGAGAAAGGAAUUAGACAACUAAUGGAACCAGAGGGCAAAAUCAGAAAAAGAGUGAGAGAAUUGAAGGAGAAAGCAAGAACUAGCUUAAUCAAGGGUGGCUCGUCUUGUAUUUCCUUGGAAAGUUUGCUUCAGCAUUUGUCUUGUUUCAGCUGA